AUCCUGCUUGCUUGGUCUGGAUUACCGGAGGACGAUGGUAUUAAUUAAUCACGUGUAAUCACGUGUACGGCUGUGCGCUUUGUCAUACAAACAUGGAACUGGAGGAAUUAAGCGGGGAGAUAGCCUCCCUUCCCAACAGAAGUUUUUAUCCGUCUGCGUUUGGAGCGCACCCGAGUCGUUCUUCGACAGCAGCUGCCGUGUAUUCCCUGUCGGAGUGUCCGAGCUCGCUUAGCCCGGAAUGUCUCACUCCUUACGUUCCUUUUCCCAAUACAGCGACUGCUGCCAACUCGCAGGUUACCUUUGGGUGUCGCUUCGCCAGCAGUUGCUACAGUUGCAAAGCCCCUCCGAACUCUGUGUAUCAGCAAAAUGUCGUGAACCACAGUGUCAACGGGAAUGUAAAUGGGCACCCAGCUGAUGAGCAGGACGUGGUUAGUUUGCUGCGCUGCGGCGAUGUUCCAAACAGGAUUCGAGAGUUCGGCUACACGAGUCCCUACAGAAGGAUCCCUGGAUAUAUUGACGUGCCUGUAGUUCAGCGAGCAAGGGCCAGAGAUCACAGACGUGAUUGUUCAUUCGGAGCUGAAGGCUACCAGCCAUGGAACUGGUCAAACAGUUGGAGUAGCCAGGUUUAUUGUCCUAAAGACCAGACGCAGAGCUCACAUAUAUGGAAAUCAUCACUCACAGAAGAUUCAAUGCUGUCUCGGCCCGAUACCAAUCCUUUCCUUCAGCGUGCGAGGAAGAAGCGGGUUCCCUACAGCAAACUACAACUGAAAGAACUCGAGCAUGAAUACACCAUUACAAAGUUUAUUACCAAGGAAAGGCGACGACGCAUAGCCUCCUCCACCAACCUGACAGAGAGACAAGUGACUAUAUGGUUUCAGAAUCGCCGUGUUAAGGACAAAAAAAUAAUUUCAAAAAUAUCUAAAGACUUUGGACCUUAUAAGUGAGUAACCACAAGAAAUAAUUGUCAACCACACAUCCUUAAUAUCUUUCUGUAUUUAAAUUAGUCAAUGUGUGCCCAUGUCCAUUUUUUUUUUGUUCAACUUUUGUGAUGAACAGACUUUGUAAUUUAAAUAACAGUUUUAAAUAGGCUUUUAUUUGAUCAUUGUCAGUUUUGUAAAGGCACAAAUCACAACUUGAAGCACUGUGACUGAGAGGUCUUAUCACACGCCUGUGUCGUAGCAUUCUGUGGCAAGUCAGAACCAGUGCUGAUAAUAUUUUAUUUUGUCCACAGUAUUUAGAUGUACAGCUGUUUUGUACAAAAGUUUACAGAUAUAAAUGUUUACAGAUAUGUAGAUGUUGGUACAGUAGCAGAAUAGUAAAUAGUCCUCAUUAAAUUUAACGAACAGUUCUGUAACACUCAUAAGAAAAACAGCAUGACUGAACAGAAGAUUCACAAAUUCAUAGACAAAUCUUAUAUCUUAAAGUUUUAACAAGAGAAUCAAAUGAUUGAUAAACAACAAAGCAACUGUUUUUUUAUUUAUUUUGUUCUUUGUCUGUCUUUUUUGAGCCAAUGAACAUUACAUGCAUCUGCAGGUGACUUGGAAAAUAGUCAGAUAUUUUGCAUUUAUUGUAAUGUGAAGUUGUUUUCUUGCUUUCAAGUAGGCCUAUUAUAUACUACUCCUAACUGCCACAGUGAAUUUAUCCAACUAGCCAAUUUCACGAUAUUUCCAAUGUGUGAAUAACGUAAAAACAUGGCACAGAUCUGGAAGGCUGCUGUUUAUAAGACACUGGGUGUAAUUAAUUCUCAUACCAUAAAAUUUUAAAUAACUGUUGAAUUUUUUUACAAUGUUGAAAUUCCAGUAAAAAUAAAUAUGGCCAAUGAAACCUGGAAAAAGCCUAAAAACUGCUCUGCGUUUACCUUCCCUAGCCCCGCUAAUUAUAUUAAAGCUCCC